AUGGAGCCGGCCUUUAUGGGGGCUGAUCAAGCUUACAUCUUUCCCAAAGUCUGCGCUAAAAGUUGCACGUUGUCGCUCAUCUUGCGGACGGUAAAAUUUCAUAGAGUUAAUGGGGCAGCAAUCGGACGAUUGCUGGAUCAAGAGGGCACCAAGUCCAGGCAUGCCUCGUCCUCGGGAGCUGCUGAUGAUGACAGGGAGGAUACUAAGAGAAGCGCACAGGAAGUUGUGCCCAAUUCUUCAAGCAAUGAUGACAACAACAAUCGCUCCACAGUGCGUGGUGGCAAAAACGCGACUCAACAAAGUAAUCACAGCAAGAGUAAACAGCAAGCCGAUGACGGCAAGGGCGAGACGAAUGCACUGGAAGCGUCGGCGCAAAGCUCUGCUGGCAAGUCUGUGUUUGAAGUUCACGAUCAAGAACGAGUAGCCCUGGACAUGAUUUGUCUUUAUGGGAUUAUCGGGGUCAAAAUUUCGGGUCCUGUAUCAAAGGGCGAUUUGGUCUUUGCCGCCACCGGCCCGGGGUUGUGCGGUGUAGCUGUCGCGCAGAGCCAACCUCAGCCUGGUGCCGUCUUGCUGGGCAAGGUGGUCGAGGAUAUUGACGACGACACAGAUGCAGUGCGCAGUGUCAAGUGUUUCGUUUCUCUCAAUAAUAACGUCGUCGGUGACAUUCACAACAAUCUUCUGGGCCGGAUUCGCCAGCGCCUUCAUGACUCGCUGUUGGAAGGUCGGCGUCACCUGCUCGAAGGCGCGGACGAUCUGGCUGAACUGCAAGACGACCAAGGCGAAUCCUUGAUUGGCUUUAAUCUUGAGGGGUUUCCACUUGCGCUGCCAAGGAGCGAGCACACCAAAAGCUGUGUUCAGUUUGCUCUAUUCACGUUGCGAGAGCAUCCGAGUGAGAGCCACGCUGUUUCGCGCUUAUCGACUGCGUCGCGCGGGUCGAUGAAACAGGUUAAGCGCUCUGGUUCAACGUCGAGUGCUGCAGCGCCUGUCGAGCGAACCCGCUCUGCUCCCAUGGAUAAUGGAUCCACGUCUGGUCCGAGCAAAGGUGCACCACAGGAACUGACCCAACGCAUCAUGGAUCGCAUCAGCGAAACUGAAUCUUGUCUGCGGGAUCAUGCUGGCCACAUGGCGGACAUCAUUCGCUCUGAAUCACCCUCUGAUGCCACCAGCAGCGAAGUGACCAGUGCACUCUCGAUGCAACAACCGCGUUCACGAUCGCGGUCCCCGUUGCCCCGAAUUGUCAGCUCUAGCAAGGACAAGGGAUGGACAGCAACACUCAGCGAGGCUGGGAGUCCGUCAGACGACAACAUGGUCGCGGGGGACGUGGCGCGCGAAGCUUUUCGACUCGAUGGCCAGGCGUUUGGAGAGGAGGGUCCCAGCUAUAAUCUCCUGAUUCCCCCGGCCAUGCGCAUCAUGUGUUUAUCCUCCAGCGAGAACGAAUGGCGUCACCUCAACAAUGCAGUUGUGUUGACGGCUUCGGCAGGGCUAUUUGUGACGCCCCGAUGGGGUUACGCCUUGCAGACUCCUUUUCUGCUUGCUAGCACGCGGCAUUCCGAUGCGGAAUUAUCUGGAAUCGCACAGCGCUGUGUCGGGAUGGCAUACAUGGGCGAGCUGAUUGCUCAGGGCGAGAACUGGGAAAUGCUGGUUGAGGUCGCCCUCCGCGACCGCGUGACGGAUGAGCUGCCCAGCGGGCGCUUUAAGUUUGAAAUCAUGUCAUACAACAAAAAGCUGGUCAAGGCCCGCAAGAUGCACAUCUUUGAGACCAUGGCACCGCUGGCAAUACCCGGCGCAGUGGAUCUUCAUGACCCCGAAAUCAGGUAUCUGGCCGUCGAGGACUAUGGGCGCAAACAUAUGAGUGCGCCCGAUGCACCGCAUCGUGUGUUCUGGGUUCGACAGAUUGCCACCGGCCGCCGUGAUUUGAUGCGCGCCUUUGAUCUCAAAACAAGAAACAUGAUUGGCAACACAAGCAUGGACCCCGAACUGGCCUUCUUUAUGGCUAACAUGGUCCAGGCUCAGCCAGGGACAUUGGCGUACGAUCCUUUUUGCGGCACAGCAAGCUUGCUCGUUCCCGUAGCCUACUUUGGCGGCAUGACCAUGGGGUCGGAUAUUGCGUUUCAGGUAGUGCAUGGCGUUGGCAAAACAUCGCGACAGGGCACAGGAUCUAAAACUCGAGGUCCCAAAGAGAACAUCCUGGCCAACUACGAGCAGUAUGAGCUCUUGGAUAAGUUUGGGGAUGUGCUGGUGGCCGAUGCAGCAAACCCCAGCUUUCGCCAGGACAUUUUGUUUGAUAUGAUCGUCGCUGACCCACCCUAUGGCAUUCGUGAACCGGCCCGGCGGAUUGGAGCAAAGGAUUCGCGCCCCGUCCCGGAGGAAUUCCGUGACAACCGUUUUCCGCGGUCCAAGCAAUAUGGGUUGGGGGCUGUCUUUACCGACCUGAUCUCCUUCGGCGCCCAUCGACUGGUGCUGGGGGGUCGUCUCGCGUUCUGGAUGCCCGAGGCCCUGGCAGAAGAAUUUGUGGUGCCAGCGCAUCGCUGCUUCGAGGUCAAGGCCGCCUGUCAGCAGAUCCUGAAUCGCAAGCUGGCCCGCCGACUCGUUGUCAUGGCCAAGGUUGCUGAACCCGAUGCGAGUGAGCCGGAGGCCGUCGGGCUCAAUGCAGAAUGGGGUGUUCGGCACCAUGUUUUUGUCAAUGAUGCCACCACGCGACAACCCGGGGAGCCUUCCCCAUAAAAACUUCCUCUUCUUCGCCAUGGCACAAAAAAAUCAAAAAAAUCGGCUC